AUGAACCACCAGUUCGCCUACAACAAUAAGAAAACCUUUACCAUGUACAAGUGUAAGGUGUCGCCAUCGAGGCGUCUUAAAAACAUCCUAAAGCCGCUUCUGGGACGUGUCUUCAAGACGAAGACCCCACAAACGAAACGCAGCUCAUACAUUGCCUCUGAGGAGAAGGAAGCGGAGUUCGACUGGCUGCAUAACGACAUGGAUAACAUGGCAAAUGAGCAUCUGGAGAACCAGCUUAUCGACGAGAUCCAACAGUGUUCCGCAGAUGAUGCCAUCAUCAUAUAUGGCGAGAACGGAUCUGCGGAGCUGCAGCCCAUGGACCCGGAGGACUACUAUGUGCCUGUGAAUUUUGCACGCACGAAUGCCGGCACCUUCUUCUGGACCUCCCUGCACCCAAAAUCUUUCGAGCCAUACGCCAUAGAAUGGAACUUUCUUGAUCGAUGGGGGCAAGCAUGA